CUGCCCCCUUGAGACCUGCAGCGGUCUCAUCAGGAGGACGGACAGGAGGCCAGGCGAUCACAGUGCGACGUGAUCAUGGUCAGUUGGCGAACUACGUUCCACUCACUGCCGAGAGCCCGUGGACCCUCGCCUGUAAUGCUUUGUGGAAGGACACGGAGUAGAAAUAAAUUGCAGUAAAUAAAUUAGUGAAGAUAAAUCUGCUUUCUCUCAGGCCUGCAGUGCAACUCCCAGCUCCACGGGGGCAGCUCUGGCUCAGCGGAGCAGCCUCCAGCAGAGCCGCCCUGCUUUCCACAUCAGCUGCACCCUACCUGGUCUCAGCCUCGGAGCCCCCAGCCCAGCACCGCGUCCAGCAGAGCCACGGCCAGGUCCUGGAGGAGGCCGAGCUGGACCCGCCAGGCCAGUACCUCCCCACCCUCUCCUCUCCUGGCCGAACACCCGCGUGACCCCUGCCUGACCCUCUGAACCCCCUCUCAGCCCCUCCAGUCCUCGGACCGACCCUCUCUCCUCCUCCUAAGCCUCUGUAGCUUGGUCCCCCCCGCGCCCCGGGCUCCGGCCAUGAAGCCCCGCUCAGGGCCGGAGGAGGCCCAGCCGCCGGCCUCAGACAUCCGCGUGUUCGCCAGCAGCUGCUCGAUGCACGGCCUGGGCCACGUCUUCGGCCCGGGAGGCCCGAUGGCACGCCGGGGGCUGUGGACCGCAGCCGUGCUCCUGGCACUGGCCACCCUCCUCUACCAGGUGGCUGGGAGGGUGCGCUACUACGGGGAGUUCCACCACGAGACGGCCCUGGAGGAGCGUGAGAGCCGCCGGCUCACCUUCCCGGCCGUCACCCUGUGCAACAUCAACCCGCUGCGCCGCUCACGCCUCACGCCCAACGACCUGCACUGGGCCGGGCCCGCGCUGCUGGGCCUGGAGCCCGCCGAGCACGCCGCCUACCUGCGUGCCCUGGGCCGGCCCCCCGCGCCGCCCGGCUUCAUGCCCAGCCCCACCUUCGACGUGGCCCGGCUCUACGCCCGGGCCGGGCACGCCCUCGAGGACAUGCUGCUGGCCUGCCGCUACCGAGGCUGGCCGUGCGGGCCCGAGAACUUCACCACGGUCUUCACCCGCAUGGGGCAGUGCUACACCUUUAACUCCGGCGCCGAAGGGGCAGAGCUGCUCACCACUCCCAAGGGCGGCGCGGGCAGUGGGCUGCAGGUCAUGCUGGACGUGCAGCAGGAUGAGUACCUGCCCAUGUGGAGGGAUACGGAGGAGACGCCGUUUGAGGUGGGGAUCCGAGUGCAGAUCCACAGCCAGGAGGAGCCGCCACUCAUUGACCAGCUGGGCUUCGGGGCGGCCCCUGGCUACCAGACUUUUGUGUCCUGCCAGAAGCAGCAACUGAGCUUCCUGCCGCCACCCUGGGGUGACUGCAGCUCUGUCUCUCUGGACCCUGACUUUGAGCCAGAACCCUCUGGUCCUCUGGGUGCCCCCAGUCCCAGCCCAGGCCCCAGCCCUCCCUAUAGUCUAAUAGGGUGUCGCCUGGCCUGCGAGAGCCGCUAUGUGGCUCGGAAGUGCGGCUGCCGAAUGAUGCAUAUGCCAGGCGGCGCGCCGGUGUGCAGCCCCCACCAGUACAAGGACUGCGCCCACCCGGCGCUGGACGCCAUGCUGCGGAAGGACGCGUGCACCUGCCCCAACCCGUGCGCCAGCACGCGCUACGCCAAGGAGCUCUCCAUGGUGCGGAUGCCGAGCCGCGCCGCCGCCCGCUACCUGGCCCGGAAACACAACCGCAGCGAGGCCUACAUCGUGGAGAAUGUGCUGAUGCUGGACAUCUUCUUUGAGGCCCUCAACUACGAGACGGUGGAACAGAAGAAGGCCUACGAAAUGUCGGAGCUGCUCGGUGACAUUGGGGGCCAGAUGGGGCUGUUCGUCGGCGCCAGCCUGCUCACGGUCCUGGAGAUCUUGGACUACCUCUGUGAGGUGUUCUGGGACAGAGUCCUGGGAUACUUCUGGAACCGAAAGCGCUCCCAAAGGCACUCCAGCGCCAACCUGCUUCAGGAAGGGCUGGGCAGCCAUCGAACCCCAGUUCCCCACCUCAGCCUGGGCCCCAGGCCUCCCACCCCUCCCUGUGCCGUCACCAAGAUGCUUUCUUCCUCUCAACGCACCUGCUACCUCGUCACCCGGCUCUAGAUGGGGCGUCUGUGUCUUCAGGGCCACACCCUGACAUCCUGGACGUGGCCAGCCCGCACGUGUCUUUGCCACCUUCACCCCAAAUAAAGUUCU